AUGUACUCCCUCACCUGCGCCGACGGCCUCUCCUUUGGCUCCGACGUCUAUGUCCUAGACAUCCAUCGCACCUCUGCCGGUCUCGCCUCCAUCGCCUCGGACCAGCACCUCUCCCUGCUGGAUCCCACCCGCCUCUCUGCUGGACCUCUCCGCCGUCUGCCAACUGAGCACGGUAACUUGAACUGUCUCCGCGUGUUUGAUGCCAGUGCUUCCCUGGUUUGCACGGCUGGUGAGAAUGGAACUGUGGGUGUGUGGGAUCUGAGGCAGGGUGCGAGAGUGGCUCAGUUCCAAGCGAGUCAAACUCCCAUCCUGUCCAUGGCAUGUAGCCAAGACACAAAGACAAUCGCCGUAGGAACCGAAUUACAAAACCACACUGCCUCAAUCCACCUCUGGGACGUCCGUUCAACCCCAUCACAAAAAGCCCACUACCAAGAAGUCCACAGCGACGACGUGACAGACCUAUCAUUCAACCCGUCAAACCCGGCAAUCCUCCUCUCCGGCUCCACAGACGGCCUCGUCAACGUCUACGACACGCGCAUCGCGGAAGAAGAGGACCUCACGCUGCAGACGUGCAACGCUGACGCUUCGGUGCACCGUGCUGCGUGGCUGUCGGCUACAGAGGUUGCGGCUCUGUCGCAUGAUGAGCGUUGUGCGUUGUAUGAUGUGAGCGAGGAGCGCACGAAUGGUGAUGCUGUGCAGGAUUUUGGGGAUAUGAGAACUGUUCUUGGGUGUCAGUACGUCGCUGAUAUUACGCCCAAGAUGGAUGGAAGCGGUGCCAUCCUCGGCGCUGGAGCUCAGGAUAAGCAAGCAUUCGAGCUUGUCUUCCUCGCCAAGAACCCAAGCGGCGAGGGCUGGGCUUUGGACCGGGAUAACAGCGUUGGUCUUCCUGGCGCUCACGGCGACGAGAUUGUGCGAUCGUUCUGCUUCUUUGAUGAGGAGCAUGUGGUGUACACGGCUGGUGAAGAUGGCAAUGUCAAGGCGUGGAGACCGGGAAAUUGA